CACAUUUUCUAAUGUACUCCGAGCUUGGUUUUGAUUAUUACAUACAAGCGAAAAAUAGAGGACACACAUUUCUUUUUUUUUUUUUUAGAAGAUUUCUGAAUUUAACUUCAUACUAGAGAAUGAAGGAAUGUACUCCAUUAAUAGAUGCCUUUACGUUUAAAUUAUGGACUAAUAAUUUUGCAGUUCAUGUAAAGCAGUACAGUAUUUGUCAAUUCAGAUUGUUACAAGUUUAAGAAGCAGUACUUUAAGUGCAAAAACUGAUUUGUAAAUAAACACACUUAUGCCGAAGAAAAGCUAUUCAAUAUUACAUAUUAUACAGAAAAAAACAUAAGACAAACAUGAAGAUAAAGACUGAAAGGAAAGUAUGAUGUAAUUCUCAUAGACGUAAGGAAAUCAGUAGUAAUUUUUUGGAACUUCUUUUCAUUUACAAAAAAAUAAAAUUAAAGGAUUAAUUUAAUUUAGACGAUUGCACAAAGCGCGGGCAAAUUUAGUAUAUAUAUAGCACGGGUACUUCAAUUAAUCUCUUUUCCCGAGUGAUUGUCUGAUUGAAACAACUUAUUAAGAAACAAGUCAUAGCUGUAAAAAGCGUAUGACGUUUUAACCAAAGAGCGCUAAGGACGAAGAUGUUAGUCCAAUUUGAGUACAAGAAAAAAGAGCUGAUCGACAUUCUCAAUGUUUUCCAUACUCUAUAUAAUAAAAAGAGUUAUCCUUGAAUUAUCACAAACCAUUUCUUGUUUCUUUGCAUGGGAAGCAAGAAAAUGAAAGUUUCCUCUGUUUUAAGUGUUUUUCUAAUUUUGUGCUAUCUAGUUGCGCAACAAUGUUACGCAGGGGAAGUAGAUGUUCUACGUGAAUUUCUCAAGUAUCGACGGGCAAAAACAAGUGUUAUUAACCAGGGCUUAGCGCCUGCUGAGAAACAUAGAUCAGUGUCAGAAUUCGUAGUGCCACAAGUAGGAUCAAAGGAAGAUGACAAGAUCUCGGCAUUGCCAGGGCAACCAAGUGGGGUGAAUUUUGAUCAAUAUUCAGGAUAUGUUACUGUUGAUGCCAAUGCUGGUAGAGCCUUGUUCUAUUACUUGGCGGAAUCGUCUCAUGAACCUACUACAAAGCCUCUUGUUUUGUGGCUAAAUGGAGGACCUGGUUGCUCCUCGUUCGGGAAUGGAGGGAUGGUGGAACUUGGACCCUUCCGCGUCAAUAAAGACGGAAAAACCUUGUGGCUCAACCCUUUUGCCUGGAACAAUGCGGCAAAUGUCCUCUUUUUAGAAUCACCUGCUGGUGUUGGAUUCUCUUAUUCUAAUACAUCAUCGGACUAUACUACUGGAGACGAAAAGACUAAAAAGGAUAGCUUCACCUUUCUCGUCAAUUGGAUGGAAAAAUUCCCAGAAUAUAAACACCGUGAUUUCUACAUUAUUGGAGAGAGUUAUGCUGGUCACUAUGUGCCUCAACUUGCUCAGCUGAUCUUAUCCCACAAGAAAUCAGAACCCAACCUUGUCAUUAACUUGCAAGGAAUAGCUACUGGAAAUGCCCGCCUCGAUGAUGAAGCAAUGAGUAGGGGUACAUAUGACUUUUAUUGGACACAUGCACUAAUAUCAGAUGAAGUCCAUGGAGGAAUUGUCUCUAAUUGCAACUUCUCAGCAGAAGCGUCUAACUCAGAAGCUUGCUAUGAGUACAUAGCCCAAGCAGAUUCAUCUCAAGCCAAUAUAUACGAUUAUAACACAUAUUCCCAACUGUGCAACUCCUCUGCCUAUUUCGCCCAUCCUAUAGAUGGAUUUGAUCCAUGUUCAGCUGAUUACGUAUUUAAUUACCUAAACACUGCUGAAGUACAAAAGGCACUUAAUGUCAGAGAUAUACCCCAUUCCUGGUAUUCUUGCGGUGGCGUAAGUUGGCAAGACUCCCCAGAUACUGUUCUUCCAAUCAUUCAAGAGCUCAUGCAAAGUGGCAUUAGGGUUUGGAUAUAUAGCGGAGACGUAGAUCAUAUUUUGUCUGUAACGACAAGUAGAUAUGCUAUUGACAAAAUCAAAACACCAGUCAAAACGCCAUGGUACCCCUGGUUCUUCCAAGGCGAGGUUGGCGGUUAUGCAGUAGAAUACCAGAACUUGACAUUCGUGACGGUUAGAGGAGCGGGGCAUUUCGUCCCAAGCUAUCAGCCUGGCCGUGCAUUGACCAUGUUCUCAUCCUUCAUCAAUGGCACACUCCCUCCUCGUCUCCGCUAAACAGAAGAUAUAUUGUGAAAAAAGAUUGCUGGUUUCAUAUGGAAUAAAUUUUGUACGAUUAGUUAGUUAUUGCAUUACUCUUUUAUG